UCGCAGCCUCCGCCAGCACGCGCGUACUUUCACCCCCACAGCCUCGCCCGUACGCCUGUACAAAUACCGCCCGCCGCGCAACGCCGCCACUCUCCUGCGACUCUCGCGACACCGACUACGAAGCUCAGCAGAACCUGAUCGAGCCCGACACCCCACCGCAAUCCACCCACACACGCACGCAACCACCCGCGCACGAACCGCACAUCAUGUCACGACUCAGCAUCCCCAUUGACGCUCUGACGUCCAGGCUGAACCUCGGCGGCCGCUUCGAAGGCCUGCAGUCGCAGUCGCUCUCCGGCCGAUUCGCGAACCUGCGCCCCGUCACCGAAUUCUUCGACGUGAAGCGCAUCUCCAAGCCCGCCAACUUCGGCGAGGUGCAGAGCCGGGUCAACUACAACCUGAGCUACUUCUCGAGCAACUAUGCAGCCGUCUUCGCCAUGCUCAUCAUCUACAGCCUGGUCACCAACCUGACCCUGCUCUUUGUCAUUCUGAUGCUCGUUGGCGGCAUGUACGGAAUUGGCAAGCUCCAGGGCAACGACCUGCAGUUAGGCAGCUGGCGCGCGACCACUUCCCAGCUCUACACGACCCUUCUGGUCAUCUGCAUUCCGCUCGGCUUCUGGGCUUCCCCAUUGACCACCGUUCUCUGGCUCAUUGGAGCCUCCGGAGUCACUAUUCUGGGCCAUGCUGCAUUCAUGGACAAGCCGAUCGAGUCAGCUUUUUCCGAGGAGGCGGUCUAGGUGGUCGGCCGCGAGCUCCUUUUAGUACGCCCCUCUGGGGAAGACCGCCAGGGGGACGAGGAGCAACAGGAGUUGUGGGGAAGUAUUUGGAG